AUGUGGUUUUCAAAGAGCGGUUCGCCCCAUGACGGCGACAAGGCAGAGAAGCGCGAUGGCAUCCAUUGGCGGAUGCCCACAGCUAUGGCCGUGUGCUGGCUCAUAGGCGUGGGACUGGCAAUUGGCCAUCACUUUUACUACUACUCGCUUAAUGGAACAAUUGUCCCUGGACAGAGCCAGCAGGAAUGGUCACUGCGAAUUGGGACGGGGCUUGCUUUCUUGACUAAGACGUUCUUAACCACUGCUGUCGGUAUUGCCUGUGUGCAGAAUCUCUGGUGGAUUCUGCGCCUGAAGCCAGUGAGGCUAUCGACGUUGGAUUCGAUGUGGGAUAUCCGAGGCAGCAUUUUCAACUUCUUCGAUCCCUUUCUGUGGGUUCGAGGCCCGAAUGUGGCUAUACUGGGUCUGAUCUCAUGGUGCAUACCGCUGGUCACUGUCGUCACCCCGUCGACGCUCUCAGUUCAGUCGACGACAGGAUCCGUGAUUCGCCAACAGCAAAUGCCCGCUAUCGAUUACGACUUUGUCAAGUUCUAUACAAUGGGCAACGGUGGCCCAGCAGGACAGAGCCCCAGCAUCUCGCGCCUGGUCACCGGAGGCAUGAUCCAAGGAACCGUGCCGAAUAUCCCAGCCCCGGCGGCAAAUUCUUCGUAUACCUUGAGCUUCUCUGGGCCCUUGAUACAAUGCAGCAACUCCAGCGACAACGUGACCCAAGCAGUAUACGACUUUGCGCAUAAAAACUACGCUCAAUACACAUCAUUCCUGGCUUUCGAAGUCGAGACAGACAACGUAACCUAUGGGCUGUACCGAGCACUCUACCCCGAGAACAACCAGUUCAUAGCCGAGUACAACGGCGACCGGAAUGGCGACAUUGCAGGGAAAACGCUCAUCACGAUAUGGCCAUACAUGGGCGCGGACAGGCGGUGGGUAGUCGAAUGCGGAAUGUACAACGCCUCAUACACAGUCAACUUUAAUUUCACUAACGGCGUCCAAACGACCACUAUCACCGACCUCGAGGUCCUCGGCCGCGUACGCUCCCACAGACAGCACGAGCUACCGAAACCACCGAACGAAGAGCAGCUGUUUGCCUACACCGGCAUGAUGGAUGCUUUCAGGGAUGUACUGGCGGGGAGAUGUACCGCGAAUCCCUCGCACUGCUCGGAUACCAGGGUCGUCUCCUCGGCUCUCGUCAACUCCCAAGCGAUAUGGGAUCUGGUUUUCGGUGACGUGGACGUUGGAAAUACCACGUAUAACUCUUUAGGAAAUUUCCUGGAUGUCAUUUCAGAGCUCGGGAGGAACCUUACCCUGAACUUCUUUGGGAAUCCAUAUUUCCUAAACACAAUCAACGGCCCAACAGUCGACGUCUACUACUCCCCAAACCAAAACGAAUACCUCUACUCCCAAAAGAACCUCCUGAUAGCCUACGGCGUCUCGGUCUUCAUCUCGCUUCUAUGCAUAAUCGCCGGAUUCUUGACGAUGUGGGACAACGGCUUCGCGUUCACCGACUCAUUUAGUACCAUCCUUCGCGCGACGCGGAACCCAAGAUUCGAUGAGAUUGUGCCGCAGGAUAGUACGACGGGUUCCGAUCCGCCGCCGGAGGCGUUGGCUAGGACGCGGGUGCAGUGGGUGGGACUGCCGUCGGCGGCGUCUGCCUCUGGGUAUGAGAGUGGAAGGGGGAGGGAGGAUGGCCUGGGCGUUGCGGGACUGAGGCCGUUGUCUGCUCUUGCGGAGACGGAGAAGGGGACUGGGAGUGGGAGAGGGAGUGCAAAUGGGGGAGGAGAGGGGGAGCGGAGCCCGCGCUCGCCCAUUGCAUUUGCGAAUCGUAUUCGCGAGAGGAAGAAUUACCAGGCUACGGCUACGGUCGCGAGCGUACAGGAGAGGUCGCCGGAUGGUUUUAUAUGA